ACUUUAUCUCUUAUCAUUUUGGUUUCACCAUUGUUUACUUUUGGGUCCUUGGAUUUUGCUUUUGGGGCACCUAAAAUGGAUAGAGUGCACUUGAAAUCGAUUCCAUUAAUUGAGACAAUGCGCGAACCUUUUCAGUUUUGAAAGCUCUUCAGUCCAUGUGGUUUUAAUCGUAUUCUACUGUGCAUUUUAUUUCCUGAAUGGGAUCAUUCUCUCCCUCCAUUGUGUCAGUGUACCCACUCUCUUGAUUUCUUGCUGCUUGCGCUCCUCACAUUCAUGGUUAAGAAUUUGUAAUUAGUGUCGUCGUAUUCAAAAAUAGAUUUGGACCAUGGACUCCAUUAUUUUAACUCUCUUAACCACUGGUUUGGUCCCAGUAGUAACUGCUUUCUUUGACAGAGAGCUCGAAUUUUUCUCCAAUCCGAAUUGCAGCUCGAGUCCUUCUUUGAAUUGUUCAGACUACUCAUUACUGUAUGUCAAGGCUCUCGGGCGAAAUGACUCCCUCCAUUACCUGUGGAACUCUGACCAUAAACCGUCUCUACUCCUUCUUGAAUCCACAAAAGAUUCGAAUCUCUCCAUAACUUGGCCUGAUUUCGUGAAUGGGUCUGCUGAUUCUAUUCGAUUGACCUCACCCAUCAGUUAUGCAUUUGGAUUGGUGAUCAACAAGAUCAUUGAGUUCAAUGACAUCGGUGACACAGGUUUUAUGAAUGAAACCUCCAAAGAAACAUUAAUUCUGAGUGCAGAUAAUUUUAAAUGGAGAGUCAAAUCUUUUUAUCAGAAUCCGGACUCAGGGACUGUGAAUUUUGAGGUGACUGCUAAUGGAUAUUCAUCCGAGGACAUAGUUAAAAAUGGCACCAUAUCAUUUCUUGUGAGUAUGUUUCCAUCCAAGGACCAUGGGAUUGAUUUGCCUCAUUUGCUGCACACUGCCAACUCAACUCAAAUAGACAUGACAAUUGAUCAUUUCACUACAGCCUACCCUAAUUCACGAUUUGCAGUGGAGCUGGCAUUUGUCUCUUCAGAAACUGAGAACUCGGACUUAGAGCUCAAGUCAAAGAAAAGUUUGGAUGAUGAGCACUCUCCUGGAGUUUUUACGGUGAUUGAGUUGCAAACAGAAAAUUCAAAGAAAGGUAACGUUGGGGGUUAUCUCCAGUGGCGGCCGCUAGUUUACACAUUCAAUGAUCGAGAUUAUGCUAACUCCACCGACACCGUUCAUUACCAUGUGGAGAACAUAACUGCAGAGCAAGAAAACUUCCUGAACAACUCCCUUCCUUUUGUGUUUUUUGAGAAGAACAUUUCACAAUUGGCAGUUAGAGCGAUGAAUGUUUCAUUUGGUUUUAAACUUGAUGGGUUUUACAGGAAAUCAGGAUACUUAUCAUGGUCAUUUUUGGUCGGUAUCGGGGAGCCACCUGUUGAGUCUUUCUCAAUGUUGGUGCUUUUGAUCAUCGGGAUUGGUCUCGGUCUCCCGACACUAGUCAUCAUCGGAGGAUUCUUUUUUGUUGUGUUCCGGCGUCUCUCAAGAAAUAAAGAUGAACUGUUUUUCAGCCAGUAAUUUUCAUGUUGAUAAAAAAAUUGGAGCACACAUUAAAAUUCAAUCCAACUGCAUAUUUUGACUCAGACGCAGUGUGUUUCUGGCUGUCCUGUUAGUGAUUUUUCUCUGGUAAGUUAUUCACUCUUCACCAGCACCAGAUACUUACCUUUUCUGUUGUUUCUUUAUAUUUCAUCUGCUCAAUGAAUAUCCCUGUUCAUCAAGGUAAAUAGUCUCUCCACCAUACUCUAACCUUUGUUGCAAUUUUUUCACUGUUUUCUCAGCCUCUAAACUGUUUGUCGACUGAAAAAGCCCAGUCCUCAUUUUUCCCUCUCUUUUUUUUUCUGCACCUUUUUCUACUCUGUAAAAUUAUUGCCCCCACAAAUUUGCUUCGUUCAUACUUUAAAAUAAGUAAAGGAACUUGCCUUGAACAACCAAUUAUUGAUACUACCGUGCCAAGGAAAGAACGCAAUAUGAGUCUCCAGACAUUGCCAAAUUUCUUUUGAUAAGAUGUUUAUUUUUGAGGAGUGUCAUUAUUAUUUGUUCUUGAAAUUUUCAGAUAACUUAAAUUUAAUUAUGUAUAAUAUUCUCUGAGAACUCGGGAGAAAAAUAUAUUUUUAAUUCCUCCAAAAAUUAAUGUUUUAUCGAACCAAAUUGGGCAACGUCCACAAGCUCAUAUGGCGCUCUUUGUUGGCACUUCAGAAUAGGUCUCUUUCUACACAAAAAAUUUACAGAGAGUAAGAGAUGGCAGGAGCCAAUACUUUUUGUCACAUUCCGAUUGAAAAUUUUUCAGGAAAUAUUCACUACAGAUAGAAAACAUGCCAUCAAGAUAGAAAAUAUAGUGUUUCUCCUUUUGAUAACAAAUACUAAGAUAUACUUUUAAGAUAACUGUACUAACUCUCUGCUCAAUCUGAACAAUACUUUUGACAAUGCUGAACAAUACAUCAAGAAUGUAUUUUCUUGAUCUAGGCAAGAAGGAACUUUCAUUUUGAUGCUUUGCAGUUAUAGGAUUGUAAUAUUUUUUCAGUUCUUGAAAACUUUACAGUAAAAUUUUGAUCUCGAAGGAUGUAUUUACAUAUCUAAAUUUAUUAACCACAAGACUACAAACUUGCUGAAGACACACAUCCUAAUAUCUUCCAGCAGUGUCUUUUAAGGGGUGUUUGUUAAUUUUGAUAGUUUUUCCUUUGUUUACGCAGAUGAAAAUAAUGGUUUUUUUGGGAGCAUGUAGGAAGCUACAUUAGUGACAGAUGUUAGUGUUAAAUUUAAGACAACCCCUAGAGCGUUUGCUGUUUAAUUGAAAGUUUAGGUCACAUUUCAAAGAGGAAUCUCAUAUCAAAACUGUCAAAAUAUCCUAGUAAAGAAACCCUUUUUGCUCUCUCUCUCACAUACAAAUACCACCUUGCUUUUACAAGAUUUGUAUCUUUUUUUUUAAUCAAUUUAACAAACAUUUUACAUAAAUUCUACACAAAAUUUUAGUUUUUUAUGCUACAUACUUUGUAGUUUAUUAUAUGUAUAGCAUCAAUGUAAAUGAUUCAUAGAAUUCAACAAAAUUUUGAUACCAAUUUUCCUCCUUGAUUGUUUUAACAUAAAUUUCAAAUUAAUUUUACUUAAAAAAGAGCAAAACAGGUUUUCUCACUUGCACAUUGCAACAAUUUGUUCACGUUUUUUAUUUUUAAAUUCAACAGCCAAUGCUGCCAAACCACUGUCAACAACUGCAUUUCGUCAAAACAGACUAGCUUAAGUCUGGCAUGCUUAGGAAGAA